AUGUCCCUGGAAAAGCACACCCCGGAGGCUGAGUUGCUGCCAGAUCGUCCUGCUCGGCCAGGGCGUCCUCGCACCGGCGCGCAUUUGAAACCGUACGUCGACAUGAUCAUGACCGAGUUCCAUGACAGGCGGUUUCAGCGGAGGAGGUCCCUGUAUCAGAAGCGGGAUCUACAGGAUCGCGUUGCGAGGAACUCGUGGGUCGGGCCGCCGUCGGAGACAAUCUACGGCGGCAUCUCCGUAUCUUCCACCGACAAAAAUGAAGUCGUAAUCUCCCUCGCAAUCCGCGACACAACCUACUUCCUCGAUUUCUCCGAACACCACUUUCCCGUCGAUGAAUCCUUCCAUCCGACCGCAGACGUCAUCACCGACUUUGUCAUCCUCGAGCUGUGCCGGUAUGAGCACGAACACCUCGAGAAGUUUCUAGGCAUUGCGCUGCCGAAAGAUCUGGCGGAGCGUUGCCCGCACUUGUGUCCGCGGCUAUGGCAUGAGCUGGAUAUCGUGCCCCUGGUCCUGCAUGGCAAGGGCGUGCAUAGUGUUGGCUGGAUUAAUCGGGAGUUUUGGAAUUCGAAGACGUUGGAUGAGCAGGCGGAGUCUGUGGCCAGGAAAUGUAUUACCUUCUUCGGUCCUAAUAAGGCACCACUGCUGCAAGUGGGGUAUCGGGGAUGCGUCGAGGUCGAUUGUGGUUUUCAUGCCGUUCUGGCUACGCUGUCGGAUUACGAGACGACUGUUGGCGGUCGAACAUGGAAUUCUGUCAUGAAAUAUGCGAAUGACUUGAAGGAUCGUAAGAUUAGAGUAGCAUUUUUCAGCAGCACACCGCAGGGCGGAGGUGUGGCGUUGAUGAGGCAUGCACUCGUUAGGUUUGCAGAGGCAUUGGGAGCGAAUAUCAAAUGGUACGUUCCCCGCCCUCGACCGGCGGUCUUCCGAAUCACAAAAACGAACCACAACAUCAUGCAAGGCGUCUCUAAGCCGGACGAACGCCUCACGGAAGAAAACAAAGCCGCCCUCACAGACUGGAUAGUCGGUAACGCAAAGCGCUACUGGCUCGUCAAGGGUGGACCUCUGAGUCCUCCCAGCGAGGGCGGGGCGGACGUCAUCGUCAUCGAUGACCCGCAGAUGCCCGGCCUAAUCCCGUUGAUCAAAGAACUCACGCCCAUGCGGCCUGUCAUCUACCGUAGCCACAUACAGAUCCGCAGUGACCUGAUUGAGGACCCUACGUCCCCACAGGCUGAGGCAUGGAAUUACUUUUGGGACAGUAUCAAGUAUGCGGAUUUAUUUAUCAGCCAUCCUGUCAAGAGCUUUGUGCCGAGUAUGGUGCCCCCGGAGAUUGUGGGGUAUUUGCCAGCAACAACGGAUUGGCUUGAUGGAUUGAACAAGCCUAUGGACGAUUUCGAUAUUGGAUAUUAUGGACGUCUUUUCAAUGCGAGAUGUCGCGAGAUCGGCAUGACCACCAUUGACUAUCCGGACGAUGAAUACAUCGUCCAAAUCGCCCGCUUCGACCCAUCAAAGGGCAUCUUCGACGUCCUCGUCUCCUACGAGAAAUUCCGCGCCUUACUUUCCGAAGCCCGACCAGAAGACAAGCCACCCAAAUUGCUAAUCUGCGGUCACGGCUCCGUCGAUGACCCGGACGGCAGCAUCAUCUACGACGCCGUCAUUGAGUACAUAGAUGGGAAACUCCCGCACCUCAAAUCGUCCAUCUGCAUCAUGCACAUCCCUCCUCAAGAUCAGAUCCUCAACGCCCUCCUCUCCAAAGCUCGCAUAGCCCUCCAACUCUCCACCCGCGAAGGUUUCGAAGUAAAAGUCUCCGAAGCCCUGCACAAAGGCAAACCAGUCAUUGCAACCCUAGCCGGCGGCAUCCCGCUGCAAGUUCAAGAUGGCAAGAACGGCUUCCUGGUCGAGGUGGGGGAUACGGAUGCCGUGUCGCGGCAUUUGUUUGAGCUGUGGACGAAUGACGAGUUGUAUUAUCGGCUGAGCGGGUGGGCGGCAGAUAGUGUUAGUGAUGAAGUUAGUACGGUGGGCAAUGCGUUGUCAUGGCUUUAUUUGGCGAGUGAGAUGUCGAAGGGGAAGGUUGUUAAGCCCAAUGGUAGGUGGAUUAAUGAUAUGGCGAGGGAGGAGGCGAAGGAGCCGUAUGGGCGGAAGGAGAAUCAGUUGAAGAGGUCGUUAGGGUAG